AUGCUCACGCUCCUCGCUCUCGGCCUCCAGGCGCCCGUGGCGGGCUACGAUGCGCGGCGCGGCAUCAAAAUCGUGCAGGAGCUCGCGUCUCGCAGCGUAGGAGGCCCGUUGCCAAGCUCAGGCACGGCCGACUUGAAGAAGAGUAUCCUCGCACUCCUCGAGCCGUUUGGGGACCCAGCCCUCCGGGUGCCGGACACGGAGUUCCGGUUGAUCGACGAGCAGUGCCGGCUUCUCGAGGCGCGCAACCCUGCGCGUGGCGCCGACGCGCUAGAGGCGCUGCAGGGUUGCUGGAAGGUGCGCUACAGCAACGCGCCGCCUCCCAGCAACGGGGCGCUCGGCCCCGUGCGCGGCGCGGCCUUCCAGCGCGUCGACGUGCCGAGCCGGACGUACACAAACGAGCUCUCGCUCCUUGGGGCGGCCCUCUUUGUCCAGUUGACCGCCACCUUUGAGCCGAGGGGGCCUCUCGCGCUGCGCGUCGCCUUCCAGACAAUCACCUUCUCCAUCCUCGGCCUCCGCCUCCCGCCCGUCGCCUUCCCGCCGGGAACGGAGCGGACGUGGCUCCUGACGUACACGGACGAAGACACGCGCCUUGUCCGCGCGGGUGUCGACGGCGGCCGCUCCACCGCUCGCGACCUCGGCCUGCUCUCGCGCGAGGAGGGCGAGGCAGCCGACUCGUACCUCUUUGUGCUCACGCGCGCCACGCCUUCGGAGUCCUCGCGGGCCCCCGCUGGCCUCCCCUCCCCGCUCGCACCGCUCGCGCGCGCCGCAGAGCGCAGGCGGCUCAAGGCGCAGCUGCUCGAGGCAUGCGGCGGGCAGUCGCUCGGCGCCGAAGCCGGGGCAGAGGACCUUCGGCGCGUGCGCGACCUUUCGGACCGGCUGGCGGCUCUCACCCCGACGGCCGACCCGGCGAGCUCCCCGCUCCUCUGCGGCACGUGGGAUAUUAUCUGGACGACGGAGAGCGAACUGCUCGCACUGACGAAGCGCGGCCUCCUCGGUCUGCCUUGCACCGCGGCAUACCAAGCCAUCGCACGCACGAGGGAGGGCGGCGCGGGCCCGUGGGCGUAUUCCCUCGACAACGCAAUCGAGUUCGACGGCGGCUUCCUUCGCGUCGGCUCCACGUGCGAGCCGGCGGCGAGCGGCGGGCGCGUCAAUUUCGUUUUUCAGAGCUGCGCUGCAAGGUGGCGUGCGCUCGAGCUGCCGCUGCCGCCCGUUGGCUCUGGGUGGUUCGACGUGCUGUACGUCGACGAGGAGCUGCGGGUGUGCAGAGACAGCCGCGGAGACCUGCAGGUCUGCGCCCGGCGAAAGUGA